UUGAAUCGCUCAGCGCUGCUCCUUCUUUUCCUGCAAACCUUGCAAAGUGAUUACAGUAAAACCAGAGAGGAGGAGGAGGAGGAGGUGGAGGAGGAGGAGGAGAAGGGGGAGGAGGAAAAAUCCCGUCCUAUCUUCCCGAGGUGAAUCUUUAAAAAAGCAAAACACACUGUCCCGGGAACUGUGAGCAUAUCGCGACUGGGAGGCAGUGAAGGAACCGCCAGCAGCAAGGGGGGUUUCUGCCCACCAGCUGCACCAAGCCAGCAGACAAUAACUUUCCAGCAAGAGAAGGAUUGUAGACGUGAUCACCCGGAGUUUAUUGGGGGGGCAGGAGAGAGUGAGGAGGAGAAGGUGGGGUUAGGAGGGGUCUUUCGGUGCGAGGAAGAUGAGGAAGAUGCAGACUCUCUUUGGCUUUGUGCAUUGCUGCUGCUGCUUUUUGCUCCUCCUGCCUCCACCGCUUUGGGUCAACCUAGCAGCGGCCAAACAGCUCUUGAGAUACCGUCUGGCCGAGGAGGGACCUGCCGAUAUCCGUAUCGGGAAUGUGGCUUCUGACUUGGGAAUAGUGACUGGCUCUGGGGAGGUGACAUUCAGCCUGGAGUCGGGUUCUGACUAUCUAAAGAUCGAUAACAUGACCGGGGAGCUGAGCACCACGGAGCGGCGCAUCGACCGCGAGAAGCUGCCGCAGUGCCAGAUGAUCUUCGACGAGAAUGAGUGUUUCUUGGACUUCGAGGUGUCGGUCAUCGGCCCUUCGCAGAGUUGGGUGGACCUCUUUGAAGGUCGGGUCAUCAUUUUGGACAUCAAUGACAACACCCCGACUUUCCCAUCCCCUGUCCUUACUCUUACCGUGGAGGAGAACCGCCCGGUGGGGACACUCUACCUUCUCCCCACUGCUACCGACAGGGACUUCGGGCGCAACGGCAUAGAGCGCUACGAGCUGCUGCAGGAGCCCGGUGGGGACGGUGGUCGGAGAGGGGGAGGCGGUGGUGGAGGAGGAGGGGGAAGCUCGGUGGGCUCGGUGGCCUCGGGGGGCUCUGAUAGCAGCAAGAGGCGGGCGGAGGCGGAGGCAGCGGCUCGCAGCAGCGUAUUCGAGCUGCAGGUGGCCGAUACCUUGGAUGGGGAGAAACAACCCCAGCUGAUCGUUAAAGGCCCCUUGGACCGGGAGCAACGGGACUCCUACGAGCUCAGCCUGCGAGUACGGGACGGUGGAGAGCCUGCCCGCUCCUCCCAGGCUAUCCUGAGGGUGCUGAUCACCGACGUGAAUGACAACAGCCCCCGCUUCGAGAAGAGCAUCUACGAGGCAGACUUGGCAGAAAACAGCAGCCCUGGCACCCCCAUCUUGCAGCUUCGAGCCACCGAUCUGGACGUCGGAGUGAACGGUCAGAUCGAGUAUGUCUUUGGAGCAGCCACCGAGUCCGUCAGGCGUCUGCUGCGGCUGGACGAGACCUCGGGCUGGCUCAGUGUCUUGCACCGUAUCGACCGGGAAGAGGUGAAUCAGCUUCGCUUCACCGUCAUGGCUCGAGACCGGGGCCAGCCCCCUAAAACAGACAAGGCCACGGUGGUGUUGAACAUCCGUGAUGAGAAUGACAAUGUGCCCACCAUUGACAUCCGGAAAAUUGGGCGCAUCCCACUGCGGGAUGGAGUGGCCAGCGUGGCCGAGGAUGUGCUGGUGGACACCCCCAUCGCCCUGGUGCAGGUGUCAGACCGGGACCAAGGGGAAAAUGGUGUGGUGACCUGCACUGUGGUGGGGGAUGUUCCCUUCCAGCUCAAGCCUGCCAGCGAGGGUGAAGGGGAGCCCCAGAACAAACGCAAGUAUUUCCUCCACACCUCAGCCCCUUUGGACUAUGAAGCUGUCCGUGACUACAAUGUGGUGAUUGUGGCUGUGGACUCAGGCAGCCCUAGCUUGUCCAGCAACAACUCCUUGCUGGUGCGGGUUGGGGAUACUAAUGAUAACCCUCCUAUGUUCAGCCAGGCUGUGCUGGAGGUCUCCUUCCCCGAGAACAACUUGCCUGGUGAGAGGGUGGCCACAGUGGUUGCCACAGAUGCGGACAGUGGCAAGAAUGCCGAGAUCACCUACUCCCUGGAGGCCUCACCCCUGUCCUCAGAGGCACCAGGAGGCAUCUUCAGCAUCGAUCCUGACUCUGGGGAUGUGUCAGUGCAGGCAGUGCUGGACCGGGAGCAACGUGACACCUACGAGUUCCAGGUGACAGCCCGGGACAAGGGGAUCCCCUCGCUGCAGGGCUCCACUACGGUGGUGGUGCGCGUGGCUGACCGCAAUGACAACGAGCCCCGCUUCAUGCAGGAUGUGUUCACUUUCUAUGUGAAGGAGAACCUGCAGCCCAACAGCCCCGUGGGCAUGGUGACCGUGAUGGACUUUGACAAGGGCCGCAAUGCCGAGCUCAGCCUGUCGAUCCAGCCUGGUGACCAUGACCAGGCAGCUGGCAUCUUCUCCAUUGAGAAUGACACAGGAACCAUUUUUUCCACUGUCUCCUUCGAUCGGGAGCAGCAAACCAGCUACACGUUUAAGGUGAAGGCAGUGGAUGGAGGUGAGCCACCACGCUCUGCCACUGCCACCGUGUCUCUCUUUGUGAUGGAUGAGAACGACAAUGCACCCACAGUCACCUUCCCCAGCAACAGCUCCUACACCGUGCUGCCACCCUCCAGCAACAUGCGCACCGUGGUGGCCACAGUGGUGGCCACUGAUGCCGACACCGGUCUCAACGCUGACCUCAACUACAGCAUUGUUGGGGGUAAUCCCUUCAAACUCUUUGAAAUUGACCCAGCCAGUGGUGUGGUGUCAUUGGUGGGCAAGCUGGCCCCCAAGCACUAUGGUCUGCACCGCCUUGUGGUGCAGGUGAAUGACAGUGGGCAGCCACCACAGUCCACCACCGCCCUGCUCCAUGUCUUCGUCAAUGAGAGCCUGUCCAAUGCCACUGUGGUGGAAAGCCAGGUGGCCCGUAGCCUCCACACACCUCUGGCCCAGGACAUUGCUGGUGAUCCCAGCUAUGAGCUGAGUAAGCAGAGGCUUAGUAUAGUCAUCGGCGUGGUGGCUGGCAUCAUGACUGUCAUCCUUCUCAUCCUGGUGGUCGUCAUGGCCCGCUACUGCCGCUCCAAGGGCAAACACGGCUAUGAGGCCGGCAAGAAGGACCACGAGGAUUUCUUCACUCCACAGCAGCAUGACAAGGCCAAGAAGCCCAAGAAGGACAAGAAAGGCAAGAAGGGCAAGCAACCCCUCUACAGCAGCAUCGUCACCGUUGAGGCUUCCAAGCCCAAUGGACAACGCUACGACAGUGUCAACGAGAAGCUCUCAGACAGCCCUGGUAUGGGGAGGUACCGCUCAGUCAAUGGUGGUCCAGGUAGCCCUGACCUGGCCAGACACUACAAGUCCAGCUCUCCGCUGCCCACGGUCCAGCUGCAUCCUCAGUCUCCCACUGCUGGCAAAAAGCACCAGGCUGUACAGGACCUUCCCCCAGCCAACACCUUUGUGGGCACCGGGGACAACAUCUCCAUUGGGUCGGAUCACUGCUCUGAGUACAGCUGCCAGGCCAGCAGCAAGUACAGCAAGCAGCCAUUUCGUAGAGUGACGUUUUCUGUUGUGAGUCAGCCUCAGGACCCGCAUCAGGGGUCAUUGCAGAGUUGCUAUGACAGCGGUCUGGAGGAGUCAGAAACACCAAGCAGUAAGAGUUCAUCAGGGCCAAGACUGGGUGCCCUUCCACUCCCAGAGGACAACUACGAAAGGACUACGCCGGAUGGCAGUGUUGGUGAGGCAGAGCAUAUGGAAAAUGAUUCAAGGCCUCUACCAGAUGUAGCCCUGACAGGGAAGUGCACCCGAGAGUGUGAUGAAUAUGGCCACUCGGACUCCUGCUGGAUGCCAGUUCGCACUUCUCCUGAAAGAAAGCAGAAGAGCCAGCCAAAACUCUCCACUUUCAUGCCUGUUGAUGAACGGGGCAGUCAGGAAAAGCUGGCCAAUGGAGAAGCUUCCCUCAUGGGUGACCGCAACAGAAACCUCCUUAACAAAAAGCUGACCUCAUCCUAUGAGACCUUCAGCGCAGCUAGCUUCAGCAAAAAUGAAGAGGGCAACCCAGAGGAUAUCCCCCUCACACAGACAGGGGAAUACAAGCCAUCUCCUGUCAAUACUCUAACUAGAAGAGAAGUUUACCUGUAGGUUUCAAAAAAA